GCUGCUUUGCGCGCUGCGGGGCCACACUGCGACCGCACCGAGGAGGAAGAGGAGAAAGGCGCGGAGUGAAAGGGGGGCAGAGAUCCACUGAGGAAGAGGCAGACCGAGCUGAGGAGGAGGGCUGAUUCACGCACCGUCACCGCACGGAUAAAAAAACCCUCCGAAGCAGCAGCAGCAGAAGGCGGAGACGCGUCACACCGCGCUCUUCCUCCCUCCAUCUCUGCUCCGUGAAGAAGAGGAGGACGCCCGGAGGGACCCGCUGGGAUCCGGUGUUGGACAGCCCCCCUCCCGCACGGACCAGGGCCGAUUCCCCGCACUCUAGCAGCCAGCUCGGCGCCAUGAAGGACCGCACGGCGGAACUGCGAAGCGCUAAGGACAGCGAUGAUGAUGAAGAGGUGGUGCAAGUCGACAGGGACCACUUCAUGGACGAGUUCUUUGAACAGGUGGAGGAGAUCCGGGGCUGCAUAGAGAAGCUGUCCGAGGACGUGGAGCAGGUGAAGAAGCAGCACAGCGCCAUCCUGGCCGCGCCGAACCCUGACGAAAAGACCAAGCAGGAGCUGGAGGACCUCACAGCUGACAUCAAGAAGACGGCCAAUAAAGUUCGCUCAAAAUUAAAAGCAAUUGAGCAGAGCAUCGAGCAGGAGGAAGGUCUCAACAGAUCAUCAGCGGACCUCCGGAUCCGUAAGACACAGCACUCGACGCUGUCGCGUAAAUUUGUGGAGGUGAUGACCGAGUACAACACCACGCAGUCCAAGUACCGGGACCGCUGCAAGGACCGCAUCCAGAGGCAGCUGGAGAUCACUGGGAGAACCACCACCAACGAAGAGCUGGAGGACAUGUUGGAGAGUGGCAAACUGGCCAUCUUCACCGAUGAUAUCAAAAUGGACUCUCAGAUGACCAAGCAGGCCCUGAACGAGAUCGAGACCCGACACACCGAGAUCAUCAAGCUGGAAAACAGCAUCCGUGAGCUCCACGACAUGUUUGUCGACAUGGCCAUGCUGGUCGAGAGCCAGGGAGAAAUGAUUGACAGAAUUGAGUACAACGUAGAACACUCUGUCGACUACGUGGAGCGAGCCGUCUCCGACACCAAGAAGGCCGUAAAAUACCAGAGCCAGGCUCGCAAGAAGAAGAUCAUGAUCAUCAUCUGCUGCGUCAUCCUCGGCGUGGUCCUGGCGUCGACCAUCGGCGGCACGCUGGGCUUCUAAGACGUUCCUCCACCUGCUGCCAUGAUGACUGAUGCCGACCGACUGACCGACAGCCAGCAGAGAAAAGAAACAGCAACGACAACACAAAAAACUUGAAACACAAAUGCAAGACCGACAACCAAUCAGCUAGGAAGAGAUAAUCCAAUCACAAAUAAGAGGAAACACCACGGGUUUGGGCGGGGUACAAAAAGCUAAGAAAACACAGUAACACCACAUUAUAGGUGACUUAUCCACACAACAAGAGGGAAAAAUAAACCUAUUUAUGUAAAUGUAUUGAACAACACGUGGGUUAGCUACCUGUAAAAAAUGAUAACCUCUACUAUAACUUUUACUUUGUUGUUUGUUUGGCUGUUUUCCUAUGUUUUGAAGUUCCUUGUUUGUUUUUUCGGGAGUCUCCGAGGACAGUGACGGCUGCUGGGUGGGAGUCCUGUGGGACAUCCGGGUUCCUCACGUUCAUUUCAGAAAACAAACAGCUAAUGCAUAGAUGUAGAAAACCCGAAGGUUGGGGAACGAUGCUAAUGUUGUGCCUCGCCGUCAGCUAGUCCACCUCUCAUUGGCUGCUUUGCCCGUCAUUCACCUCGGCCAGCCUGAUACCGGAGACCGAUUGGACCCUGAGAACAGAUGUUUUCGCUGCGGUUGGGAAAACACCGCGUUGACAAGGGGGAGGUCAGACUCCCCUGACUGUUGCAUCGAUCCAACCAAAGAGUUGGGGAGGGAGGGCCUCUGACCGUCCUGGUUAUUCUGAUUGGCCAGCGUAGGCGACAAGGUGAUACCUGAGGGCUGGGUGGAGAUGGACAGUUAAACUAUGCAGUUUAGAUACAAGAAAGACGACUUGUCCCGCCUACAACACAGAGAUAGCCAAUGAGAAUCUGUUAAAAGCCAGGGCCGUCAUCCUCAAGCUGCUCUUCUCGAGGAGUCAACAAAAAAAUAACAGAAACGCAUCAAAACCAACAAACAGGCGAACCCAGUUACCCGGGUGUGGCGAUGGUCCUGUGGCUGUUUGUGUUUCGAUGGCGAGCGUUUGUUGCUUUUGUCGUGCUGCUGUUCCGGUGUGUGCGUGACGUAUCCUGUGCUGUAUCUGCUUAACAUUGUGUUAACGUUGAGUUUGUGCGAUCCGACGUGUCUCUGGUGUGUUUGUGUUGGAAAAGCUGUGAUGUUUCGGUUGCCACACAUGAAGGCAUUCCUGUAGAUAAUGUGAAAGGAGCAUCACUCCUCUCUGCAUGCUGAGACAGGAUGCUCCCACCACCCGGACUAGGAGUACGGCGGCUUCUACGGCCAAUUCACAUUCUCUAUGGGUGCAUUUCCCUGGAAGGUGGAUCAACGUGACACACAUUCAUUCACAACAUGAACAUGUCAUAUAUGUUUUAACUUCUGACGUAGACAGACCCCAUGAAUGUUGUGUUACUGCCAGUGUUAGGGUUAGUCUGAGCUGCUUUGCAUGGUGUAGAAUCCGCUUGUGUUUGUGUAGGUUGUGCAGAAGCUUAUUGAAGAUUUAUCUGUUUUCUAGAUACUUUUUCUAAAAACUGUGAAAGGCAUUCGUGGAGUCCGACCCAGUAUGGUGGAAAAGAUUCAGAAAAUACAACAAAGGGUUUGUGGCUCGUAGCAACAUAGCAAGAAAAUGACUUUUUACAUUAUUGAAAGCUAUUUCUAGCUAAGCUGAUCCUUGAUAUUUCGGAAGCUAAUUCUAGCUGCACCAAAACUAUCCAAUCUGGAAGCUAAUCGUUGUUAAUAAGCUAAUUCUAGCUGCACCAAAACUACCCAAUCUGUAAGCUAAUCGUUGUUAAUAAGCUAAUUCUAGCUGCACCAAAACUACCCAAUCUGGAAGCUAAUUGCUGUUAAUGAGCUCAUUCUAAUUUUAGAGGAAGCUGCCUGUAAGGAUGUUAUACAGAAUGAAAAGUAUUUAUUUGACUGUUAGCCUGUGAACCACAUUAUGCUAAUUUGGAAGCUAAUCCUCGUUAAACUGGAGGAUCAUUUUAGCUAAUCAUAGAUUUUAGCUAAAUAAAAACAGACAAUUCUCCCAAAUCAUUGGCUAAUUCUAACUUAAAGGAAAGAUAUCUGUAAAAACAUUUGAUUUUACAACACAAAAAGUAUUUAUGUGUUGUAUUUUGUACGUUAUUAGUCUGUAAUUGUGAACCAAAUUAAUUUGGAAGCGAAUCCUUGUUAGCUAAUUAAAUAAAACCUGCAGUAAAAUGUGAGUUUAAACAGGUUUUUAUGCUGUGUUUGCAGUAGCAACCUACCCAUUGCCCAAAGCAUGCAAACUAGAAUGCUAACUAUGUGGAACUACUAGCUAAUUUCAGCUAGCUAUUAGAGUUAGCAGUGCUGAACUCAAACCCCCACGUUUUACAAUACUAAGAACAGAAAUGCUGCAGGAAUGUUUCACUGUUAGAAAUCUGGGGUUUAUUGGGAAGGUAGCAGUACUGGAUGAAAAGCUGAAAAUGGCCGAACAAACUGUUGGUUUUACAGAGCGAUGCAGUCUCGCGGCAGCUCAUGGAAAUCUUUACCUGCAUGUUUUAAAAAUAUUGACAAAUUUGCUCAGAUUAUCCGAACUCUGAGGGAUUCUUCCACUAAUAAAGCAUCCGAGUCGCUAGGAAUCGGUUCAGACUGAGCUUCUUAUAAUAGCCAGUCUAUUAUAAGGUUUGGUGAGGUGUUUGUGAUUUGCCAGGACGCUGGUCGGGUCUGAGGUUCUGGAGGAAAGCGCUCAGGCUCUGUGAUACGGAGGUCAUCGUCCUUCUGUUGAGGCCUGCGCUGGAGGAAAAACCACCUUCAGAUCCCUCCGCACUCCCUGCCAGAGCAAUAAGCUUCAGUUCACAGAGUCCAGGAAGUAGUCGUUGUUUAGUGGAAAGCGUGUUUUUUCUUGAGAUGUAGAAGUUAGCAUCGUUAGCUUUAGAUGUCUGUGAUGCGCUUGAUGUUCUAGUUUCAGGUUUGGAGAAGAUUGGGGUCUACUUCAUUUAUUCUUUGGCUUCAAUAAACCAAAACUGUUGCGCUCACCAAAGUGUCACCCUCUCCUCCCAGCAGCGAAAUCCAACCAAUCUCUCAAACGGUCCGUCUGUAGAUUCAGGACGAUUGGACCCUUUCUCAGCUGUUGUCGUUGGUUUUUAGUGGUUUCCAACAGGUAAAGAGACGUAAACCGAAGUGGAUUUAAUGACUUAGCGAGUUGAAAUCUCAUCGUAACCUCAUGCAUCAGAUUUUUUAAAAGUUAGCUGCGCUUUUCUUCCCUCAGCAUCUAUUGGACAGUUGCUGGUUGUCCUGUGGUGGUUGAGGUGGAUGAACAUGGGCGGUGUAAGGACGCCGUCAAAGCACCAGCCAGUUUGUUGACAAUGACGUUGUGUUUUGUGUCUGUAUUGUCUGUAAAGUUCCCGUUUCGUCCAUCAGGCCCCUGAAAACACAUCAAACCACAAAGACGUCACCAAAACGAUUCAGAGGGUCGGUUCGCCCGAGUGUCCGGCCCUCUCGUCUUGUGUUGUAGUCGUUUGGUUGUAUAAAAAGAUGGCGACGCGCGCUGGGAGUCUGACCUUCCCCUCCAUCCUGCUGUGUGUAAUAAUUAUGACGUUAAUAAUAAAAAAGGCAUGCAACGCGUUGUGGAGUUUGCAUGAAGGUGUUUUUGUACCCCACCCCGCCCUCCUUACCGUGCACUUUACCACUCAUCGGACCUGUUUGAUUAGCACAUUAGCUACUAGACACAACUUAUUACCUGUCACUAAUUGAUCUGCGUUUCAGUAUUUCUGUUAGACGUGUUUUGUUGGAACAUAAUUGAGUGUUUUAUUUAAAUGUGAAAGGCUAAACUCCCGUCAGCUGCGGUCAUUCAGGUCCGUCUGGACUUCUCGCUGGAUGUCACCCCGCCUUUAUCUGCUGGGCUCGUUUCCUCCACCCUUUGUUUGCUGAGAAAUGGCCUGACCUCCGGCGGCUCCUCCACCCAUCGUUGUGCAGCAUGUUUCUUCGGUGAAGACGGCGUGUUAGUGAGCGUGUGUUGGCAGCACCGGUUUGUCUCAACGUGUAGAGCGUCAGACUGCAGUCCGCCGGGAUGCAGCUGUUUUCACAAGUUGUUAAAAAAUUGCGACUAAGAGGAUCAGAGCCCUAAACGUACGCGAUGUUCACUGUUUGUUAGAUUCAAACCAAAGCCUUCUCCCUCCCACUCGUGUUCUCAAAAUGUCCGCCGCUAGAAUCGAAGAGCACAAAGCAAGUGAAGUUUACACCGAGACGUUCCUCAAACAGACACAGCAAUUCAAAAAAAGCAAAGAUAAAAGUGAAACGCCUGCCCUGAUCCCCCCCACAAACCACCAGCCCUCACUGCAUGACGGUCCAUCCGUUGAUCCGACCAACCAGAGCGACGUCCGCUUCCUGUUCUCCUGUAGAUGCUAGCUUGUGGUCUGACUAGUGGAAAAUAAGGCGCAUAAUCAUAACCGGAGACGACGGCGGUGCUUUCUUCUUCUGUUCAAUUACGGCUCUUGUUGUUUUGGUGUCAUUUUGUUUUUCCUGUACAGUUAAUCAGUCGUCUUCACGCCUCCGGAUCAACGCGCUGCUGCGGCGGGAGCACGAGGAAAACUAUUCCAAUUAUAGAUUAUUGUUAUUUAUGAUGCACAUUUAUGUGUAAAUUUGUGGGAAAAUAUAGAAAUUAAACUCAAAGCUCAACUUAAUUCCAGGAUAUCCAACAGUUUUCUGUUGCUUUCCGGCUGAAAUACGACCCGAGGUCCGUUAACCUGCCUAACCACCGGAGAACAUUUAGGAGACGUGAAUUCAUAAAUGAUUUUCACCAAACGGACCUCGGAUUGUUGCCUUGGAGAAACAUGGAUUUAUGAAACUAAUCUCUGUGCAAACAUGCGGUUUGCUGCAGAUGUGCAUCCAGAUGUUUGCAUAAUUCGGAUGUUUUCCAGGAGAAAGUGUGAAAUAAAAGCAUUGAUUCCACAAACCGCCAGCGGCGCGUCGUCCGUGGCGUGACGACAGACUGCAGCGACUAAUAUAUAAACAA